CGACUUGGUUUUACUGUAUUUAUUACUUGCCUGUAUACAGCAACAGCUGUGUUCCUUCAGCGUAUAAACGCUUUUCGUUUCUGACUCACCGAAACCCUCUGUCACCAUCACACGAGAAACGAAACUAAACUGAGCUUUAUAUACACUGACAGGGAUGAAUCACUCAUUACAGAACAGAAGAGAGACACCAUAACCGGCAGUAAAAUGUUCAAUCCAAGAGGAGGAGGACAACGAAGAGGAGAUUUUCAGCGAAGAGGAGGAGGACAGCAAAGAGGAGGUGUCAAUGCCCAGCCAAGACGAGAUGGUUCUGGUCAACGACAAGCGAGUGGGUCUCCUAACCAAGGUAGAGGAAGAGGAGGUGGCCAUGAAGACAGAGGAGAAAGGGGAAGUGAAGGAGGACAUGGAAGGUGUAGAGGAGAGUGGAGAGCAGAAGACAUGAGUACCCACCUAGCCAGUGGAAGUACAAAUGGUCAAAAGGAGAGACACCAGUGGGAAAACGCUCAAAGCGCAAGAGGAGGUAGGCGGGGAAGAGGAGGAGGAGAUAGAAUGGGCAGAGGAGAGAGGAAAGGCAUAGACAAGCAUGGCCAUCAUCAAUGGGGAACAACUAGCAAUGUUCUUCGGGGACCUAUGAGAUCAGGAGGCCCAGUAAAUGCAUCUUCACACCAGCAAUUUAAAGGGGGGCUUAAUCAUGGUCCCACCCAUACACAUUUUGUCCCAGUCCCUGUAAAUUCAAUAUAUUGCCCUGAAGACAGGAGUAACUCACAAGCCAGUGGAAGUACGACUGACCCAGGGGUAAGUCCCCAAAAUGAAGAACCUCAAAGAGGAAUAGGAGACAUUCAGAGAGGAAGAGGUGGUCAUGGGAGAGGAAGAGGGAGAAACGGAACCCCUGAGGUGCGCAAACUGGGGUAUAAAACACUGGAAGGAUUACUAGAAAAAGAAGCAUCUGAGGUGGCCAUCACCCUUUCAACUAGCUUUGGGCUCAAGAUUCUGCUUGAGGAAAAGAAUAUGAGAAACGACCUGGUGCAACUGGUCUGCCAGGUCCUUUGCAAGGCUUUCCAGUCCAGAACUGACCGCAAAAUAGUGCUUCAUUUAGCCCACUUAGUCAAGGACUCUGUGUUUUUCCGCAACAUUCUUCCGUAUUAUGUGACAGGAAUGAUGUCGGAUUACAUACCAGCUCGAAGGGAUCAGUAUCCCCAACAUUUGAGCAACAUCAUCAGCCUUCUCUCUGAUGUUCUCAACAUGUUACCUUCAAGCUCUUUCCAAUCUGUCACCAUGUUGGUGGCUGUUCUAAAACCAACUGUCAACCAGUUGCGAGACUCUGGUCUGAAUAUUCCAAACACCAUUGAUGAGGACCUUGAGAGGAUCCAAGGUUUGGUGAACCAUCUCCAGGAGAAGUCAAGGGAGGGAAACUUGCGGUCAGAUAAGUACUCCUUCGUUGCAGCUAAUGAAGAUGCCCCACCUGGUGAGGAAGACUUUAGGACAAUGAGCAUCUAUCCAACCCCUGAGGAGUUCCACUUAGAACAGAAGCCUUUCCUGAGACCCAACGUUAUGGCUCAGAGCUUUCCCAAUGCUCGCAUCUAUCUUGAUACACACUUCCGGCUUCUACGUGAAGAUUUCGUUAGGCCACUGCGAGAAGGCAUUAGGGAGAUUCUGUACAAUGAGGAUAUCGAUGGUGUACCAAUUAAGAAGAGGCGUUUUGAUGAUAUCAGAGUCUACUUUGACACUCAAUUGGUUGUGCCACUUUGCACACCAACCGGCAUCGCCUACAAAGUGCAGUUUGAUCCAAGACCGCUUCAGUUUGUCCGGUGGGAAAAUUCCAAACGUCUGAUUUAUGGAUCACUUGUCUGUCUCUCCAUGGACAACUUCAAAACGUUCCUGUUUGCUACUGUGGCCGACCGUGACCCUAAACUGUUGACGCAGGGACAGGUACAUCUCUGUUUUUCAUCUGACAGUAGGGUCCAUCUGGCCAGAGUUCAGCCCUCACACUCUUUCCUGAUGGUGGAGACUACAGCUUACUUUGAGGCCUACCGAUAUGUCCUUGAGGGUCUCCAGGAGCAAGAUGAGAAUGAUCUUCCAUUUCAAAGGUACAUAGUGGAGUGCAACACAGAGGUUUACGCCCCAGCUUACCUGCGUAUGGAGGGGAGGAAGUAUGAUCUGUCCAACAUCAUGGCAGAAGGGCAGGACAAGAUUAUACCCUUCAACCCUCUUACCCCAGAGGCCUGGCCUGAUGAGGAAACAAUGGGUCUUGAUGGAAGCCAGCUUCAAGCAUUAAAACUGGCCUUAACCAAUGAGCUGGCCAUCAUACAAGGGCCACCAGGCACAGGAAAAACAUAUGUGGGACUGAAGAUCGCUCAGGCUCUGUUAGACAACCAUCAGGCCUGGGCGUUUGGUUCUCCAAUGCUGGUGGUCUGCUAUACCAAUCAUGCUCUUGACCAGUUCCUGGAAGGUAUCAGUGGGUUUUUAAAGGACGGCAUUGUAAGGGUUGGAGGUCGAAGUAACAGUGAGAUUCUCAAGCGUUUCUCCCUGAGGGAGCUGACUAGAGCAGCAAACUUCCGCAAAAAUCUGCCGCAGCACCUCAGGAGAGCCCAUCAUGAAAUCUAUACGCAGAUGAAGGAUGCAGAAGAGCACUUAAAGAGACAGUCUGCGCAGUUGGAAUGCAGCUUACGUGGUGUCUUAAAAGAAGACUUCCUGGAGAACUACAUCAGUUAUCGACAUUGGGACAGCCUGUGUCAACAACCAGUUUGGGAUGGAUUUGAGAGUGUUGGACAGAAGUCUUCAAUGAUCGCCGAGUGGCUUUGCAUUGGAUCCUCUGUUUUUCAACAGGGACCUCAACAAACAGCAGAUGGCGGGGCAGAGGCUGCAGAUGAUGAAGAGGCAGCAACAGAGGAGGAAGAGCUGUUAUAUAUUGACGAACAGGCGGAUCUGAUCCAGGCCGAUCGGAUCUUGGUGGAUGCGGAGCACUGGGAUGGAAACAUUCAGAAAGAGCAGAUGAAACAGGAGAGAGACAUCACAGCACUGGCUGAUAUGAUGCUGUCUAUGAACAUCGAUGAUGAGACACAACAACCCCAGGGUCAAAUACAAGGACAAACACAGGGUCAGACUGAUGACCAGGGCUGGCAGAUGCAAGGCCACCAGAAGAAAAGAAUUAAGCAAAUGGUUCGUAAAGAGUUGAGGAAGACUUCAGUCAUGAGUGAUGAAGAGGAAAGUCAUGUCAGUGAUGUGUGGAACAUUAAUCCGAAAGACAGAUGGAGACUGUAUCGUCUCUGGGUGUUGCGGUAUCGCACUGAUCUCCGUACAAAGGCUCUGCACUCUGAACAGGUCUUCCAGGAUGCAGCUGAGCGACUUAAUGAAAUUCGCUGUCGUGAGGACCUGUGUGUGCUGCGAAAAGCUCGUGUCGUUGGUAUGACGACCACAGGAGCGGCGAAAUACAGGCAAGCUCUGCAAGAGCUGCAGCCCAGACUGGUGAUAGUGGAGGAGGCAGCGGAGGUGCUGGAGGCCCACACCAUCACCACACUCAGUCGAGCCUGUCAACACCUCAUCCUGAUCGGAGAUCACCAACAGCUGAGGCCUAGCGCAACAGUGUAUGAUCUGGCCAAGAAUUUCAAUCUUGAGGUCUCCAUGUUCGAGAGGCUUGUCAAAGUGAACUUCCCAUUUGUCCGACUCAACUACCAGCAUCGCAUGAGGCCAAGCAUUGCUCGACUCUUGACUCCUCAUAUCUAUUCAGAGCUUGAAAACCACCCCUCUGUGCUGAAGUAUGACAAUGUUAAGGGGCUUUUGACUAAUCUCUUUUUUGUGGAUCAUCCUCACCUUGAAGAGGAGAUUAAGGAUGGGCGAAGCCACCAGAACCUUCAUGAGGCUAAUUUUGUUGUCGCGCUUUGCCGAUACCUGCUGUGUCAAGACUACAAGCCUUCCCAGAUCACCAUUCUCACCACUUACACAGGACAGCUUCACUGUCUGCGAAAGCUCAUGCCCUCUACUCAGUUUUCUGGCGUCAAAGUCCAUGUAGUUGACAAAUAUCAAGGGGAAGAGAAUGACAUUGUCAUAUUGUCUCUAGUGCGCAGCAACCGUGAGGGUAGGGUCGGUUUCCUGAACAUCUCAAACCGUGUUUGUGUUGCACUCUCUCGUGCUAAAAUGGGUCUCUAUUGCAUUGGAAAUAUGGCCAUGCUCAGCAAAGUAACGCUGUGGAGCAACAUCCUUCAUUGUCUGAGAGAAAAUGGUCAAGUGGGUCAUGCAUUAACGCUGAGCUGUCAAAACCAUCCUGAAAAGCAAAGCCUUGUGUCCACUGCCGAUGAUUUCAAGUGCGCUCCUGAGGGCGGUUGCGAACAGCCCUGUGAAUAUCGCCUGGAAUGUGGCCAUGUGUGUGCCCGUAUGUGCCACCCUUAUGAUGCUGACCACAAGGAGUACAAUUGCAUCAAGAACUGCCCCAAGGUGCUGUGUGAACUUGGGCACAAAUGUCCACGUCGGUGUUACCAGAAGUGUGAUCCAUGCCAGGUACUCAUAGUAAAGAUAAUACCAUCAUGUCAGCACAAGCAGAAGGUACCAUGCCACCAAGACCCAGCUGACUUUGUGUGCCAGGAGCGCUGCCAAAAGACCCUCACAUGCGGACACCCCUGCAAGUCAACUUGUGGAGAAUCUUGCACUGCUCGUUGCAUGGUGAAAGUUUCCAUGGAGCUGAAAUGUGGUCAUAUGCAAGAAGAACCAUGCUACAUUUCCCAGGAUUCCAAGAAGGAGCCAAAUUGCUGGACAAUGUGUGGCACUACCCUGAAAUGUGGCCAUCCCUGCCCUGGGACUUGUCACGGAUGCUAUCAGGGUCGUCUUCACAAAGGUUGCAUUUAUGAAUGCAAGCGAACCCUUGUGUGUUCUCAUUUGUGCCAGGAGCCCUGUGUAAGAGACUGUCCUCCAUGUUCCCUACCCUGCGAGAACCGUUGCAUCCACAGUGUCUGCAAGAAGAAUUGCGGUCAGCCUUGCGCCCCUUGUGCUGAACCCUGUGCAUGGCAGUGUGCACAUCAACGCUGUACCAAGCUGUGUCACGAGCCAUGUGACAGACCGCCUUGUUCUGUUCCCUGUUCCAAAACCUUACCUUGUGGACACCCCUGCAUAGGUUUAUGUGGAGACCCUUGUCCGGACAAGUGUCGCGUUUGCCAUCCGGAUGAUGUAAUGGAGAUCUUCUUCGGCAAUGAAGAUGAACCAGAUGCUCGCUUCAUCCAGUUAGAGGACUGUAAGCACCUGUUUGAGUCCACAGGAAUGGACACUUACAUGGUCAUGGAUGAAGUUCAAGGGGCGGAAUUGGAUCAAAGGGCCAUCCGACUUAAGGAUUGUCCCAGGUGUCGCACUCCCAUCCGUAGAAACCUGCGGUAUGGUGCUCACAUCAACCGCAGCCUGGCAGCAAUUGAGAUGGUAAAGGAGAAGAUCGAUGGUGUGCCUGCUGUUAACAGGCAUCAACAUGAAACCCUUGUUUUGCAACUGGAUGGGAAGACAAACUUGAGGAAAUAUCUUCACGAAGAGUUUGCCUCACUCAAAGAGACACUUGACACAAAUACCCUAUCCUGCCAACAACUUUGGCAUCUUGAGAACCUGAUGAGCUUCCUUGAGAGUUUUGGUAAGCUGAAAAAAAUGGAGAAAGAAAACAUUACAGAUACAGACAAUAUUCUAGUGUUCUCUCGCAAGGUUGGAGAAGGCUUGAACUUCCUGUUAGAUCCGACUCAGAGGUUUUCAGAGCAGCAGGUAGCAGAUCUUGAACGUGAAUUGAAGAGACUCUUUUACCUGGCUGAUCUCAAUGCUCGCUGUAAAACGGUUUUGUCGAAAUUUCAUGAUGUUGUACUUCAUGCAGAGGUUCAACAACUACGGGAGAUCCUGCAGGACACUUUGCCUUUCACUGCAGGACUAGAAGUCACCGUGAAGAAGAUGUUUACGAAGCUUGACACCAAACUUCCCUGUAUUGGUCUGGGCAUCACAGAUGAGGAGAGGGUAAUGAUACUCAAAGCCAUCGAUUUGAACAAGGGUCACUGGUACAAAUGUCAAAAUGGACAUGUGUAUGCAAUAGGUGAAUGUGGAGGUGCUAUGGAGGAAAGCAAAUGUCCUGAGUGCCACACUGCCAUUGGAGGAGCCAAUCACUCUCUUGUUCAUGGAAAUGCCGUGGCAACUGAGAUGGAUGGAGCACAACAUCCUGCCUGGUCAGAUGCUGCCAACUUGGCCAACUUUGACCUCGCUGACUUGUAAAUGCUUUUCAAAGACCAGUUACGGGUUUCUCUUAUUUACAAAUACGAUCUCAGUCGGUUUUAGGUUUUAUUUAAGUUUAGCAGCAAAAACCAUGAACUGCUGUAUUAAAUCAGUUACACAUUUCUGAUAAGCAUGAUGUUAAUGAAAUUUAAGAAAGAAGCUCCAAAAUUAACUUUUUGCCACAAUUACCAAUGUAGAAUUAAUUGAGAACAUUUGCAAGUCAUGAAACUGUAUGUUGCUUUAUUUUCUUAAAAUAUAUAUUCUUUGUCUCCUGUGACAAUGGAAUUAUUACAUUUUUUCCACUUCUAUGUAUAUUUGGUGCAAACUUUGCAGGUCACGCGCAGCAUCCUACAGUGGCCCCAACAGGACACUUUAGUCACACCAAAAAUGUCUGAAUAUCAUUGCAUUACAGGGGCGGAAAUUGUAGGGGGGCAAUGCCCUCCAUAGCCCCCCCCCCAUGAUGAGUGUCAUCUUUCAAAUGCUAGAACUUUUCUCAAAACUAACUUCACUUUUCUUUGCCAUUUCUGCAUUAAAUAACUGGUCUCAAGGUCAUUUUUAGUGGAUGUAUGAAGUCAAUUCCCAGUUCUACAUCCAAAAAGUGUCCAACUACUUGAACACUUUAUCUAUUGUUUUAUAUUUUAAAGCCUUACAAACUUCUUUUUAUGAUAUACUUUGCUUGAAAAGUAUAUCAUGUCAUUUUUUUUUACCGUGGAAUAACUUGCCUCUAUUAACUGUUUUGUUACAUUUGAUACUUGGUGAGUCUUCAUUUUUAGCCUUGGUUUGAAAUAUAAUUUUAACAUUUCUGUUCAUCAGUUUUUAAAUACUUUAAAGCUGCUGUUAUAAAAAUGUUGACACUGUGACAAAGCAUUGGAAAGAUAUGGUUUUUGAAAUGGCAACCAUAUUUCAGAAAACAUGAGUUGUGCAUGGCUGGGUCAAAGAGGGAUUAUCCUUAUGCUUAAUAAAUUCCUAAUUUGCUUAAUAAAGUAAUGUUUACUGAACGUUUGUGUCCAUAAUAUUUUCAUUAUAUAGAUUUAUUUAUAUAUUGUGGUAAAUUUCUAAUUGAAUAUUUGUGUUUAUAUUGUGCUAAUAGCUAGCGGUGUACAGUAUAUGCAGCAUCAUACCAAAAGUUUGUUUUCAGUUACCGAUGCCGCUGUAGAAAUGCAUUUUUAGCAGUAAGCCAUGAUAUUUUGCCAUUUAAUUAUCGAGAUAAAACAAAUAAUAUUCGGCUGGUCAAAUAAUCUCAGCUUGGUGGUCCUAACGAAUGUGCGUCCAGCAACAUAUAUG